AUGGACGAUACAAUGAAUCACGCAGACGCUCCCAUUUCUCGUUAUGACGCUCUCGUCGUCGGCGCCGGCUUCUCAGGCGUGUCUAUGCUUUACCGCCUGCGGAAGAUGGGACUAAAUGCCAAGAUAUUCGAAGCGGGGGACGGUUUUGGCGGGACAUGGCACUGGAAUCGCUACCCGGGGGCGAGGGUCGAUUCCGAGUUCCCCUAUUAUCAGUUGACCAUCCCUGAGGUGUACACUACGUGGACAUUCACAGAGCGAUACCCAGACCAUCGCGAACUGCGCGCUUACUUCGCACACGCCGACAAGGUUCUGAACCUCCGGAAGGACACCCAGUUCAAUGCUCGAGUGGUCGACUGCUCGUGGGACGAAGAUGCCGGCGAGUGGACAGUCAAGACUCAACAGGGCCAUGUCGCCAAGACGAGGUUCCUGCUUCUCUGCUCCGGACUGCUGCACCAGCGCCAUAUCCCUGACCUCCCCGGGUUGAAAGACUACAAAGGCGAACUCUACCACUCCUCGUUCUACCCUGAGAACCUCGACCUCAAGGGCAAGCGGGUCGCGCUCGUGGGCACCGGCGCCACUGCAGUGCAGAUCACCCAGGAUGUCGCUAAGCAAGCAGAACAUCUGACCAUCUUCAUGCGUCGGCCCUCAACCUGCCUGCCCUCGGGGCAGAGACCAAUCUCUGAGGUAGAGAACCGUAGCUGGCACCCUUACCUCGGCGCGAUCUUUAAAGAAAGCCGGACCUCCAAGAACGGCUUCCUGCCCGUGGACCAGCCUACCGAAAUGACCGUGGAUGUACCCGAAGCGGAGCGCAACAAGCUCUGGGAGGAUCUCUAUGCGCGCGGCUCGUUCGCCAUCUGGACUCAGUCCUACCCUGAUGUUUUGGUAUCAGAGGAGGCGAACAAAUUACACUACGAGUUCUGGGCACGCAAAGUCCGCGAAAGAAUGACAGACGAGAAGAAGAUGCAACACAUGGCCCCGCUCCCGGCAGAGAAGAUGCCCUACUGGAUCUUCACAAAGCGGCCACCCCUUGAAGUUGACUACUACGAGAUGAUCGACAAGCCGUGGGUCGAUGUCGUCAACACGAAAGAGACGCCGUCGAAACAGUUCAACGAGACAGGUAUCGAGAUGGACGACGGCACGCAGAUUGACUUUGACGUCUUGAUCUUGGCAACGGGAUUUGACGCCUUCAGCGGGUCCUUGACCAACAUGGGCCUCAAGAGCCGCAAUAAUGCUGACAUACGUGAUUACUGGAAGGGUGGCAUCCGUUCUUACCUGGGCACUACCACCUCUGGCUUCCCAAAUGCAUUUAUGUGCUACACGCCUUUCGCCCCCACCGCUAUCUCCAACGGCUGCUCCAUCAUCGAGGUACAAUCCGACUUCGCCACCGCCGCCAUCAAGAAGAUCCUGGACUCGGAGAAACAAGGCCGCAAGAUCAAGUCCAUCGAGCCAACGCCCGAGGCCGAGGACGAGUGGGAGGCAUACGUGGACGCCCAGAACGCGCAGACCCUGAUGCCUUUCACCGAGAGCUGGUGGACGGGCGCAAACAUACCGGGGAAGAAGUCGCAGAUGCUGACGUACCUCCGGGGCUUGAAUGUUUACGAGCAAGAGAUACAGGCGAAGCUAGAGGAGUGGGACGGGUUUGAUGUGCGCUACUGGGACGCAAACAAGAGUUCCACGCCAGCAGUCGAGACUGAUGUGGGGAAAAGAAAGGCAGAGCACGUCGAACAUGCGCAGCAAGAUGUAGAAGAUGCGAGUGAGGCAAGGGAUGUGUUGCGUCCUACUGCGGUUGCAUAG